GCUCGUGCGCCAUUCUGCCAGACCGUCUUAGAGCUUCAAGAAGACCUUGUAACUCUUACCUUUUCUUUCAUCUAACAGCAGCAGCUUCUCUUUGUGGAUCAUCAUGCGUGAAAUAGUACAUCUGCAGGCUGGACAGUGCGGGAACCAGAUUGGAGCAAAGUUCUGGGAGGUGAUCAGUGAUGAACAUGGCAUCGACCCAACAGGAACCUAUCAUGGAGACAGUGACCUGCAGCUGGACAGAAUUAAUGUCUAUUAUAACGAGGCCUCAGGUGGCAAAUAUGUGCCAAGGGCCAUCUUGGUGGAUCUAGAACCUGGAACAAUGGAUUCCGUCCGCUCAGGUCCUUUUGGCCAGAUCUUUAGACCUGACAACUUUGUCUUUGGUCAGAGUGGAGCAGGAAACAACUGGGCCAAAGGCCACUACACAGAGGGAGCUGAGCUGGUAGAUUCAGUCAUGGAUGUGGUGAGAAAGGAGGCUGAGAGCUGUGACUGCCUGCAGGGUUUCCAGCUUACACAUUCCCUGGGUGGUGGCACAGGUUCCGGCAUGGGAACCCUGCUCAUCAGCAAAAUCCGGGAAGAAUACCCUGAUCGUAUCAUGAAUACCUUCAGCGUGGUUCCCUCUCCUAAGGUUUCAGACACAGUGGUGGAGCCAUACAAUGCUACGCUGUCUGUCCACCAGCUGGUUGAGAACACAGAUGAAACCUACUGCAUCGACAACGAAGCUUUGUAUGAUAUCUGUUUCCGCACCCUCAAGCUCACAACACCCACCUAUGGAGAUUUAAAUCACCUGGUAUCUGCUACCAUGAGUGGGGUGACAACUUGCCUGCGUUUCCCAGGACAGCUCAAUGCUGACCUACGGAAGUUGGCUGUCAACAUGGUUCCCUUCCCACGUCUGCACUUCUUCAUGCCUGGGUUUGCUCCCUUGACAAGUCGGGGCAGCCAGCAGUACAGAGCCCUCUCCGUGCCAGAGCUCACGCAGCAGAUGUUUGACGCAAAGAAUAUGAUGGCUGCAUGCGACCCACGCCAUGGACGCUACCUAACCGUGGCUGCCAUCUUCCGUGGCCGUAUGUCCAUGAAGGAGGUGGACGAGCAGAUGCUAAAUGUGCAGAACAAGAAUAGCAGCUACUUCGUGGAGUGGAUCCCUAACAAUGUCAAGACGGCUGUUUGCGACAUUCCUCCUCGCGGGCUGAAGAUGGCUGCCACAUUCAUUGGCAACAGCACAGCUAUCCAAGAGCUCUUCAAAAGAAUCUCAGAGCAGUUCACCGCCAUGUUUCGUCGCAAAGCUUUCCUUCACUGGUACACCGGUGAGGGCAUGGAUGAAAUGGAGUUCACCGAGGCAGAGAGCAACAUGAAUGACUUGGUGUCUGAGUACCAGCAGUAUCAGGAUGCCACGGCUGAGGAGGGAGAGUUUGAGGAGGAGGGAGAAGAGGAGGUGGCCUGAGCUAAUGUAAUUCACUUUUUCCAUCAACAGUUAGCACAACUCUAGCCAAGCGUCCAUCAACGGAUUCACCCAUUCUGUGAAAUCUCCCGUUUCCUCUUUCGUCUUCAAGAUAUUUCCAUUACAACGCUGAAGUAACAGUAACAAAUAAAAUGUAUGCUUGUGAUUGUUGGUGAGUCACCUUAUGAUAUUUAUCAUCACUGAUUGAGCAGUUUGGUUCAUCAAAGUCAAAGCACUUGUAUAAUUUGAAAUUGAUUUGAAUAAAUUAUCAUCAGAAUUA